AUGCUAUUGGUCAAGUCCGGGACCAACGAAUAUGUGUUGCAGUUCGAUCCUACUAACAAUGUGGCACACCAGACUUGGUUGGCGUUCGCGGACGGAACGGAAGGCUCCGUUCUGGAUGGCGAUCCAUGGGUGGCAGUGUAUCACGAUACGACUAGGACAGACUACAAUUGGAAUGGGGUUGACAGCUUUGCUCACGGCGAAGGCGCGUUCAUCCUUGAUGACGACCACUGUUGGUGCGAAGCUCUUUUUAUGGCAACGAAUGGCGGUGGUAAGUCUUAUUGUGGGUGGAGUCCUGGCGGCGCUGGGGUCGGCACCGCCUUCUCCAAUGGUUGCCAUUCCGGCGGGCCGCUGGAGUUGUAUUUCAGCAGCGGGUCGAUGGCAACGCCGAGUCCGACGUCCGCACCCCCGUCAUCCCCGUCUCCGUCGGCGCCCCCGCAAGUUUCCGCAUUUGGCGAUCCGCAUUUGACAAACGUCUAUGGUGAGCGAUUUGACCUGAUGCGGCAGGGCAAGGUCUUGCUCAUCAAUAUCCCGCGUGGAAAACCUGUGGAAUACGCGCUGCUCGCUGCCCAGGCCGACGUGCGCCGAAUGGGUGUGCAGUGCGCGGACAUGUAUUUCCAGAGGCUAAACAUCACAGGAGCGUGGGCGGACGAGGUGCACGCCGGCGGCCUUACCUUCGAUGCCGAGACGACGCACGAGGCGGGCGCGGGGUGGGCGAAGUUCGGCCCACUGAAGCUAAAAGUCGUCCACGGGCGCACGGAGGCGGGCAUCCCGUACUUGAACUUUUACGCCAAGCAUCUCGGGAAGGCCGGGUUUGCCGUCGGAGGCUUGCUAGGAGAAGAUGAUCAUACGGAGGUUUCGACGCCCGAGGCAGAGUGCGGCAAAAAGGAAUUAUCCCUUUCGCGUGUCGGAAAGACGCGUUUAGCGCCGAGCUCGGCUCCGAGCUCUAUCGCAGUGGCGAGCUUAGACUGA